AUGAAUAAAGAAAACUUUCGAUAUUACAUUAAAGUACGUACCGCACUUAAUAUUCCAGCAAGUGUUAUUUAUGAUGAACUGUAUUCUGUGCAUGGUGAUCAAGCUCCUUCUUAUAGAACAGUUAGAAGAUGGGCUCAAUGGUUUCGCGAAGGCCGGGAAGAAAUUGAAGAUGAAGCACGACCUGGCAGUCCUAUUACCGAAACAACAUCUGGAAAUAUUGAACAGGUCCGCCUUCUUAUUGAUGAUGAUCCUCACAUUACAAUAGAAGAGGUGCAAGAGCAAGCUGGUUUAAGUCAUGGCACUCUUCAGCGAAUCAUCACCGAUCAUUUAAACCUUAAGAAGGCUACCGCUCGUUAUAUACCCAAGGAUCUAACUGACUCUCAACGGGCUGAACGAGUUCGAAUAUGCAAACCAAAUUUGGCAAAAUUUCAAGAAGGAACAUAG